AUUUAUUACAGUUUACUUAAAUUUUUUUGUUGAUAUUAGUACAGUAAUAGUGACAUAUGUUGAGAUUGUCAAAUCAGCUAAAGCUAAAUCGCUUGACAUUUGUUCAAAAUUACCACAUUUAAAAUUAUAUUUAUAAGAGGAAUGAUACACAUGUUGGACAUCAGUAAUUAAGUAAUGUUCAAAGUACAGAGCUGGAGGAAUCAAGGGAAACUAGAAUAUUAGGAGCAUUGUACCAAAGAUACAAUUGAGUAUAUAUUGAAACAUGAUGGUUGGAAAAAAUUGACUGAUGUGGAAUAUAUUAUUUACAGAACUCAAAAGUAUACUUUACAAUCAUUAUUAGAAACGCCUGUCACAGCAGAAAAUUUCUAUACUCACAUUCGUAGUGCAACAGUAAUCCUUGGAUGUUCUUAUGCCAACACAUUGAAGAAAUUUUUUUUUAUUAUAGAUUGUUUUUUAAAGUAUUGUGAAAUAUUAAUAAAUCCAGAAAAUAAAAACAAAAAUGCGUACGACUGCACUAUUGAACUAAUCAACACAAUACCAAAUUUAAGUUACUUAGCAACAUUAAUGAAAGGUGCAUUAGUUACAUUAGACAAAUUACAUUGUAUGCCAAUGGCAAAACAUAAAACACUUAUUUUAAAUAAUGUAACUACUAAAUUAUGUAUUGAGGAAACUUUAAACUUAUUAUCCCAUAUAAAAGUAAAUCCAUCAAAUACUGAAUACGUAUUAAAAACAAUACAAAAUUAUUUUCUUGAUAGAAGAAUAAAUCUAGAGGACGAUUUAAAAUUAUGUAAAUUGACAUCUACUAAUUUGGAUACAUUAUGGGAAAUUUUAAUAAAGCAAUAUCAAUGUUUAAAAGAAAAAGGAGGUAAUCAAGAACUUUGGACCUUUGUUAGACAUAAAAUUAAGAUUUUAAUCCAUUGGACUAAUAAUAAUAAAUAUAAGAAUCUAGGAUUCAAAUUCGAUUCAAAUACCAAAGAAACAUUUUUACUGAAUACAGUAGAAUGGAGCUCUGAGAAUCUUUCAAAUAAAAUCAAUCAUUUAUUGAAACAUAAUGGUUGGAAAAAUAUGAAUGAUGUAAACUACAUCAAAUAUUCGAGGCAAAAUCAUACAUUAAAAGAUAUAGUUAAAAAUACAUAUAGACAUGAUAAACAAAUACGUUGUUUAACGUUAUUACUUGGAUGUUCUUACGCCAAUAUUUAAAAAAAUAUUUUCUCUAUAUUAAAUAAUUUUCAAGAAUACUGUAAAUAUUUUUCAAUUGAACAAAAAGUAAAAAGUUUUAAGUAUGAUUGCACUAUUGAACUUCUAAACACUAUGUCUUCUAUAACUUCAUUAGUAAUACGUAUGGGAAGCGCCAUAGAUGCUUUGGAUAAAAUCCUUAAAUCUCCAGUAGAAAAUAAUCAUAUAAAAAUAUUUAUUUCAAUUACAUUAAUUAAGGAUCUACAAGAUGAAAAAAUGUUAAAAUUGUUACCUGAUUUACAAGUAAAUCAACAGAAUACUGAUGAAACAUUAUUAAUAAUGUUUAGUUUCAUUAGUAAAUGGAAUAAAGAAAUAAAUGAAAGCAUGAGUAUUUGCAACAUUAAUACUGAGAGUUAUAUGUCAUUUUGGCAAAAUUUGUCUCAGGAAUAUUACAAUAAGCAAAUAAAUGGGACAAGUCUCAUGUUGUAUAAUUAUCUCAACUAUAAAAUAAUAACUUUUACUCAAUGGGCUAUUCAAAAAAAAUAUGUUAAUUUAGGGUUUAAAUUCAACGUAGAUACAAAUGAAACUCUUAUACCACAUAAACUAGAAUCAUCAGAAACAGAGCAUUUUUAUGAAGAUACUGUAAUAGUUUCUACUCAAAUUCUGAAUGAUGAAAAUAUUGAAGAAAAAUCUAAUUGCGAAGAUUCUAGAAACAACCAUGAAUCACAGAAUAAAUCAUCAUUGUUAAUUGAUAUUCCUAAACAAUUGAGAACAUUUAAUAGAUAUCUUUAAAGUACUCCACAAGGAUUCAAAUCGUAAUUACAAUACUAAAUAGGAUUAUCAAUUCAUAGUCAACUGUUUUUAGUUUAUAUUAUAAAAAAUAAAGUGUAUCAAUGAAUAAUUUAUUAUUAAUCCAAUUAAUUUUUUGAUCAUUACAGAGUUUUUCUAUUAUGUUAACUUUAAAUAAUACCAGUGGCUGUGCAUCCGGUAUUAUUGCUGCCAAGUUGACGGGUAUAAUCUCAUAAGGUGAUCCAUAAAUUAUUUAUUAUGGUAGUUACAAAAAAAAAAAAAAAUUUUAGUAGGAAUGCCAAUUAGAACACAUAGUCGAAUAAUUUUUAUAUGUCGAUAUAAUUUAUCGGUAGUACCCCGACGUAGACACAAAAAGUAAUGCACAAAUUAAAUAGCGUCUUUAGACGACGAGUUAAUUGUUUUUAUCUUUUCUCGAAUCCUCCCGUUGGAUACGCUGGUCAGCCCCAAUCCCUCCAAUUAGUGAACUACUAAAGAGGUAGAGUUUAGACCCGUCAGCACGAUCUAGCUCAAAAGUAGCAGACUGAGGGGUGGCUCCUUGUCAGCCACCAGCACAACUACCUUUUCAUAAUAUCUACUAAAGGACGGUUAAGUCCAAAAACUAGCCAGCACUCACACUAAUUGUUAUGAUUGACUAACGGACCAGUAAUCCAACCUCGACUCUUGACGCACACACACAAAUUUUAAUAUUGCAACAGAUG